CGCGUCUUCACUUGCACAAGAAGCAGAAGAUGGAUAACUGACGAAUGCUCGAAGAUUCAAGAGUGAAACGCAACAACCUUUGCCACUGACCUAGGAUACAUUGGGGCACUAAAGAUGCCUAAAAGCGAUACCUGGCCAGGUGGCAUUGGACUGGAGACCAGCAUGGACAGCGCCGGCAGCUGCGACAGCGUUGUCAGCGCCAACUCUAUCUUUAGUGAUGAUAGUCUGGAGCACCUCUCUGCUGAGGAGAAGGCCUGCCUCAUGUUUCUGGAGGAGACUAUUGAUUCUCUGGAUACUGAGGAGGAUAGUGGGCUGUCUAAUGAUGAGCCUGACCAACUGCCCAGCGCCGGCAACCUGGUCUCCAAACUGGCUGACCUGUCGGCUUCCAUGAGCAAAACCAAGCUCAACAGUUUGCAGAAACAAGACUUUUCGGAAAAUGCUGACACCAAACCCAUGCACAGCUACCUGGUUCCUACACCGUUUGUUAUAGCUAGCAGCUCUCCGUGUUCCAUACCAAAUGCAAAGGCAGGUUUCUCUCCUGACAAACACCUGAGCUCUAAGUCUCAGUUCCCUCCUCCAAGCUACAAACCUGAUCACAAACACAAGCCGAAACCUGUUAACCACCAUGUAUCUUUCGAUGCUAAUGUUGUGAUACCUCCUGCCACCAAACCCAGGGAUUUGACUGAAGGUUUACCCAGAGGCCCCCUGUCCUACGACGCACUGGUUUAUCUGCGGAGGAGUGCCUCAACAAAGAAGACGCCUCUAUGUCCCACGAUUGAUCAUACAAUAGACUUGAACAAGCACCUUCCUGUCACAGAGGAAGGCCCACACUUUGGAAAUCUACCAAGGUCUGACAGAUUUAACUCGGAGGCUUUUAAGUCCAAGACAGACCCUCCAGUUGUGGCCCCGAAACCCAAACAGAUAACAGCCAAAACAUCUGUAAAAACCCCAAAUGCAGAAGAUGUUUUGUACAAUAUAAAGAAUGCAAAAGACCCCAAGGUUGUAAGGCUGGAGGCUUUGGAGAAGCUCGGUCUCCUGAAAGACGAACAGCCCAAAAAUGAGACAGUAGCUCCACGGCCUCCCACUGAAUCUCACUCCUCUCUGGACCCGACGACCAACAGAUUCUCAAGAGGUCCAUCUAAUGCUAACCCAUCAAGAAGCCCAUCGUUGUCCUCCUCUCAUGUGCCUACAGAGCCCAAGAACAAGGCUCUGCAGAGCAGUGCCAGCUUCCAUCUCUGCUCCAGACGGGACCAGCUGCCUGCGUCCACGUCACAUUCCGCUCCAUCCAACGGAGUGAAGGCAGCUAGCCUAGAGCGCGCUGCUACACGGGACCAACACAGAAAUGCAGAGAACGCACAGCCUGUACCCCACAAACCCCCAAACUCAGUGGGAUAUACGGUGAUGGUGGUGCCUGGGAUGGGAGCUGAUCGAAAGGAAGCACUCAGAAAGCUUGGACUGCUCAAAGACUGAAUCAGGUAAACAGCAGAAGAGUGCCUGAGUAAAAGCAGUGUGCAGAGUUCAAGAGUACCACCAGCUUUAAGAGAUUAGAGCAUUGAGUGGAAACUUGGCACUUGGUGCUUUGGCAGAGUCAAGCAGGAGAGGAUGAAGAAGAGUGAGAGUUUAAAGGGCAAGAUCACACCUUUGAAUAUAGUUUGUAAUACAGGGGACUGGAUUGAGGUACAUGAGGGUCGUUCUUUCUCGAUUAUGGAUCUUUUGUAGAUUUCAUCUAUAAAAAGCAGUUUACACUCUUCAAAUCCUUAAGGUUCUACGUGUUGAUGAAAUGGUAUGUUGAUGUAACGCCAUCUAAUCAGGAUAUCUUAUUGUGUUUUUUUAAACAAAUUACAGUUAAAUAUGAUUUUUCAAGACCCACACCUAAUCAGCCUAUUACACAUGAAUGGUUGGUUAAAUACUCAUUUCCAUACAGUAUGCACACACAAAUGUAUGGCUGUAAACAAGUAUUUAUCCUGAUUUACCAAGAGAAUACAAAUAUAAAUAUUGCAGGUAACCUAUUUUGCACAUAAAAACAUUUUAGAGCCAUAUUAUGGCUUUCCAUUAUAUUGCACAUAAUAUGCUGCUCCACUGCACUUAAAAGUAAACAUCGACCCAAAUCAACAGAUUUUUUACAUUUCUGAUUGUUUUACAAAUCCCAGUUGUGCCUAUAAGUAGAUUGUUGAGAACAUUCAUUGGAGCAAAAUCUUAAAGAUCUUUAUUAUAAAAAUUGGAAAAUGUUUUGGGUAGAUUUUUCUGUAUUCUCUAAUCUUCAAAACGUAUCAGCAGUACAUCCUAUGUAUCAAGCUCCGGAUUUGUUUUUGCUACUAUUUUUACAGGAUGUAUGGUGAUGGUUUUUGAUGUGACAGACUGUGUCCAAGCCUCUGCCUUUAUUGUCUAAAUACUGGAUGAGUUCAACCAGAAUAAAAAAGAGUGAUAAUGUGAUUUUUACCAUUUUCAUGAAUA